CAAAUUCAACUGGAAAAGUCAGUCGGACGUGGACGUUACGGUGAAGUUUGGUUGGCCAAAUGGCGUGAAGAACGUGUUGCUGUCAAAGUUUUCUUCACCACUGAAGAGGCGUCAUGGUUCCGUGAAACAGAAAUCUACCAAACCGUAUUGAUGCGUCACGAAAACAUCUUGGGUUUCAUUGCUGCCGAUAUCAGCGGAACCGGAAGCUACACGCGAAUGUUCUUGAUCACCGAUUACCAUGAAAAUGGUAGCCUACACGAUUAUCUCCAGAUGCACGUGAUUAGCCCACGUCAGUUGCAAGAGUUGGCCCAUUCACUCACUGCCGGAUUGGCGCAUUUGCACAUGGAAAUCUUCAGCAAACCAGGCAAACCAGCCAUUGCGCAUCGCGAUAUCAAGAGCCGAAAUAUUCUAGUGAAACGCAACGGACAGUGUGCCAUUGCUGACUUUGGUUUGGCUGUCAAGUACAACAGUGAAUUGAAUGAAAUCCACAUUGCACCGAAUACUCGUGUCGGAACACGCCGAUAUAUGGCACCAGAAGUGCUGGACGAAUCAUUGAAUCCAACGCAAUUCGAUUCGUUCAAAUACGCGGACAUUUACUCGGUUGGUUUGGUAUUUUGGGAAAUGGCUCGUCGUUGUGUGACCACAAUUCCCGGUACCAAGAGCACCGCAUCCGAAGAUUACGCCUUACCAUAUCACGAUAUGGUUCCAUCCGAUCCAAGCUUUGAAGAUAUGUACGACAUUGUGUGCUCACAAAAGAUUCGCCCACCCAUCCCAGAGAGAUGGCAAGAUGAGGAGAUUCUUCAAGUCCUAUCGAAAAUUAUGGUCGAAGCAUGGCAUCCAAAGCCAACGGCACGACUCACCGCGCUGCGAAUAAAGAAAACACUGAUCAAAAUUCAAACAGAUGGAUCCAGUCAAAUCGUCUAGUAGUAGGGGUAUAAGCUAGCUAUUCAAUAAGAUUUUAUUUCUUGUAUAUUUGACGCUUUGAUAAUUCACUUCUAUUUGUUUUUUGGUUUAGUCCCGUUUUGUUUGCGAAUUUAUUACCUUCGCAUUUAAUCGCAGCUACACGUGUAGUGAAUAAGAAACAAACUAUACAAACUAUGAUUAUAUUAACAGAAUAAACGAACACAAAUACAUUUUAAAAUACACAAAUACAGACAGAUACACCUGACAAGAAUUCUGAUUUAGACACUAGAGUCUCCUAAAAUCCAAAAUGAUACGAAACGAUAUAUGCAAUCGAAAUCAUAUUUAAGUAAUUUUUAACGAUUUUUGUUAGCUGUAACUUUAGGAAUGAACGCGAACGUAUUCGAUAAGACAAGAAAACGAUUCGACGAUUAAUUUUUUUUUUCAAACCGAGACAAAUUGCAAACUCAGUGAUAUGUGUAUAAUGAAAGUGUAUGGAAAACUCAUGGAAAAAACAAAUAAAACACGAAAAAACAAAUAAAACACGAAAAAACAAAACAAACAAUUUAUUGAGAGAAAAUAUUCGGAACAGAAACACUUUUGUAAAAAGUCAAAUUCAAAAUUCACCAAAAUUCAACAAAUUGAACGCAUCGAAUUGAGCCUUAACGAAAUUCAGAAAUGCCUCUGGUUUUAUCUACUGGUGCCUUUUCACAGAGCCGACUAUAAUUUUAACUUUGAAGCCAAAUUUUCUU